AUGGAUUUAAAGAGGUCGACUCCUUCACAGCCUCAGUGGAAGCUAGGUCAUAUAUCAACUAAAAUGAAAUGCACACAUGAAUCCUGUGGAGCCAAGAUUCCUGCAGGAGCCAGAUUCUGCACCGGUUGUGGUACUGAAGUACAGUCUCCAGUUCCUGUUAAGACAACACUUUGUCCAUCUUGUAAUGACAUUGUAGUCAUAGGAUGCAAAUUCUGUCAGAGCUGUGGAGGAAAAAUUGACCCUGCUCUAUUUAUUGACAAAAUUUGCCAUGGUACUAAAGACAAUGGGCAGAAGUGUAACACAGUGCUGACUUCUGGUACUAAGUUCUGCACAUCUUGUGGAACCCUUCAAGACACUUCUAAUACACAUGAUACAAGCAAUACAGUUGUUUUACCAGGAGAUGCACCAUUAAAAUUAGAUUUACAAACUACUCAGCAGAAGGGAGACAACCAAGAUAAUACUACACCUCCCAUAAAGGAAGAACAUGGCAGUUCAGGAUCUUGCAGUCCUGAUUUAUGGGAAGCUCCAACCAUCCCUCUGGCAUCUAAUGCUAAUAAAACUGAACCUGUAAAAGAAAGUGUACAGCAGAUUGGUAGCCAAAUGAAUCCUGCUCAGAUUGAACUGAAUGUUCCAAUGAAUGCUACUGAUGUACAAGAUAUGAAGACUUUAGAAACUGGAAAAGACUGUGCUCCAAAAAUAGACAAUGAGGGUUUGAAACUGACCAAUCAACAGAGUGGUGUACCACAAGGAGGUGGACAGGCUAGUCCAGGGUUACUAGAUCAACAGACUGGUGAGCCGCAGAACAAUUGUCACACUUCUCUUGUGAAAGAGGAAAGUCCUAGGCUUACAGAUCAACAGACUGGUGAGCUGCAGAGCAGUACAUUUUCUAGCCCAGUAGACAAUGAUAGUCCAGUGCUGCCAGAUCAAGUGAUUGACAAACCACAUAGUAAUGAACCAAUUGGUCCAGAUGACAAGGUUGGUACAGGGAUGGGAGGUCAUGAGAGUGAUGGAUCGCAAGGCCAUGAAGAUACUAGAACAGUAGACAAGGAGAGCCCAAAUCUAGAAGAUAAAAAAACUGUUGAACCAGAAGACAAUGGACUUUCUGGUCCCAAUGACAAUGGGGAUCAAGGGCUAACAGAUAAGAAGAGCAGUGAAUUACAAGAAUCAGAUAUAACAAACAUGGAGACACAAAUUGCUGGUCCCCUGUCAAACCCUAAUAAUAGUCAUGAUAGCAAUGGUAACCAGAACUCAGAAAAACCAAACAAUUUUGCAGAAACGGAUGAUCAAAAUACAAAAUUACAAGGUGAUGAGAGUAAACACAAUGAGAGUAAUAGGAAUAAACAAGAACUAAAAGAGAAAGAAUUUACACAGAUAAAGGAAAGACAACCAGGUGACAUGCGGAGUUUAUCAAAUUUACACAGAAGCGGAAUUAAAAGAAGUUCUGGAACAGACCUUGGUCUUGUAGCAAAUAUUAUAGAGAAUCCAUCUAAUAGAGAUGUUCAUAAACCUGAAACUAAUGAUGAUACAACUGAUACUGAGCUUCAAGUAAUUCUCAUAUCUGACACUGAAUCUGUAGACGAUGGACAGGGUACAAAUGAAGAGUUGGUCAAUACAAAUGUGAAACCAACAAAGAGAAAACUUGUAGAGGAGGAGGUACAGAUGAAAAAAAUCAAAGGAGAAGAUAAUGAAUGUGAUAAAGGAAUUCAGCAUGAGAACCCACAGUCUAUUGAGAAACAUGGAAUACAAGAAACAGGAGAGCAAGGAAGUACUGAUGGAAAUACAGGACAGUUAGGGGCAAGCACAGCAGAACAGAAGAAAAACACAAAAGAGGAAAAUAAACAAGUUUCUUCAAAUGAUACAGAGAAAACAAAUGAGAAACAGACAGACAAUCAAGUAGUUAAGCAGGGAGAAGACAAAGAUGAAGAAAAAGGCCUGAAAGAAAAUUCUAACCAAAAAGAAGACCAGUUGCCUACCAAAAGAAUAACUAGGUCCAUGCAAGCUAAUAAAAAUGAACAUCAGAGCAAUCAGACUCAGGUUUGA